AUGCUUUAUCAGGAGCCCAUGCAACAGUACAACUCGGGCCUUCCAAUCCGUCCUCAUUAUGCAUCUCACGGCAGCAACAACUUUGCUCCCACCCCGAUGGACCAGCCAUCGGCCGAUGUCUUGAGUGCCGCAACAGCUCUGCUCCCGGCAUCUGAGCAGCAGUCCCCCCGUACCAACUUGCAGUUCAUGCCCUCUCACGGGAUACCAAUGCCCUUGCACCAAGAUGCCAACAGCUUCAACAUUUUCGCUUCAAAUGCUGGGCCAUCCCAUUCUCAACAAGCGAGACCAUCACGAACGGUGGAGGUCCUGUUUGGAUCCGAUCCAGGUUUCAGCAACGCCCAACAUUUCGUUCCGAGGCACGAGAGAGAAUCAACAGAACACAUCGCCGCGAAGCAGCUGGCAACUUUGAGCUGCCUGCAACGAAACCACAGCAAUGCUCCCACACGAGCACCCAGUCCUGAGCCGUGGGCAGCAUCUCGCCCUCCACAAACCACAACGAACGGGGUAAUAUCACCCCUAAAACUGAAGACGUCCGACCUUUCACCAAAUCCACCACAAAGCGACGGCUCAUCGAGCGCCCUGAAAAAGCGCAGAAGAAGCGACAAGUCGACGGAUUCGGACGACGAAGACGAGGAGCAAGAACGCUCCGUUAUCCAAGAGACUCCGGUAUCUUUUCCGUCACCACUUAGGUCCGCCUUGUCGCCGCCAACCGCCAAGAGGCGAAAGCCAUCUAUCGCCGCCUCUGCCGUAGAAGACGGCGCCACUCCUCCAGCCAACGGGAAACGGAAAAAGUCAACAGCAGCCAAGCCGCCUCGAGAGAACCUGUCAGAGGCACAGAAGCGGGAGAAUCACAUCAAGAGCGAACAGAAGCGCCGCAACAUUAUCAAGGAUGGCUUUGCAAAGCUCAACCAAAUCGUGCCGACAGUCAUCAACCAGAAUCUUAGCAAGGCUGGCGUCCUCAUCGCGACACACGUGUGGAUUGACCAGUUGGUGAAGGAGAACAAGGAGCUGGAAAAGUUGCUGGCUAGCGCUGGAGAAAAGUCCUAG